ACUGAAGCAUCAUGUCGUGGAUAAUGUCGUGUAUCUGGUCGCUGCUGUGCCUAUGUUCGCUUUCCACGGGACAACGUGGUUUCGAUAACUGUGACGAUUCGUGGAGUUCCCCAUGUGAUUCCUCGAAGCGGCUAUCCCAGGUAGCUAGUGACUUGUCUUGCCGAGUAGCGCGAUGCAACGAUGACAUACUACAUUCGGUAGGAUCCCUGUCGAUCCAUGUACAUAAGUAAGUGAUUCCACUGACAGCUCCCCCUGUCACGCGCCGCUCGGAACAAAGUACGGCACAGUAAUCUGCGUCGUACUUCGU